AUGGGCUGCUGUAACAGAAGGUGCGGGCUGAUAGCCGGAGCUGUGUUUGGGGCGGUGGUAGCCGUCCUGGGAGGCGUCCUUAUCCCAGUGGGGAACAGCGUCAUUGAGGGGACAGUGGAGAAGGAAGCCGUCAUUGAGCCUGGAACGACAGCUUAUGACAACUGGGCGUCUGCAGGGGCACAGGUGUACAGGCAGUUCUGGUUCUUUGACGUGCAAAAUGCCCAGGAGGUUUUGCAGAAGGGAGCAAAUCCAGUGGUCGUGGAAAAAGGACCUUACACGUACAGGACAAGAUAUUUGGCCAAAGAGAACGUCACAUUCAACCCCAAUCAAACUGUCUCAUACCUGCUGCCCAUGGGCGCCAUCUUUGAGCCGUCCAUGUCAGUGGGAUCAGAGGAAGAGAAAGUCACCUCUCUCAACCUGGCUGUGGCUGGAGCUUAUUCACUGGUUCCCAAAGUGCUUCAUGGUGCAUUGGAGACUCUGAUAAAAUCAAGCAACUCCUCCUUGUUCCAGAACCGUACAGUCAAGGAAAUGCUGUGGGGAUACCAAGACCCCAUGUUGAAAGGAACUGUGGGCCUAUUUGCUCCUUACAAUGGAACGUAUGAUGGCUACUACAACGUCUUCACUGGAAAGGACGACAUCUCAAAAGUGGGCAUAAUUGACAGGUGGCGAGGAGAGAGGACCUUACGUUUCUGGGACGACAAGUACUGUAACAUGAUCAACGGGACAGAUGCGUCCUCAUUCCCUCCCUUUGUGGACAAGACAAAGCCGCUCUAUUUCUUCUCGUCAGACAUCUGCAGGUCUGUGUCAGCUGGCUUUGAGGCGAGACUGGAUCUGAAAGGGAUUGAAGUGUAUCGCUACACCCUCCAGCCAAAUACCCUGGCCUCCCCUACGGUCAACCCAGAUAAUCGAUGCUUCUGCAGAGACCCAAAGACUACCAAGGACUGCACCCUGGCAGGAGUUCUGGACAUCAGCUCCUGUCAAGACGGAAAACCGAUCUACAUCUCUCUGCCCCACUUCCUUCAUGGCAGUCAGUCCCUGCGAGAGGCCGUGCUGGGCCUCAAUCCCAGCGAGGAGCACCAUGCCACCUACCUGGACGUGGAACCUACAACCGGAUUCACCCUGAGGUUUGCCAAGAGAAUUCAAGUGAAUAUGAUGUAUGGACCAUCAAAGGUCAUCACGGUGCUGAAGAAAGUCAAGGAUUAUACCAUAUUCCCUGUUGUUUGGCUGAAUGAGACGGCUGCGGUGGACGACCCAACGGCAGAGAGGUUUAAGACGGAGCUAGUCUCCCGUAUCCAGAUGUUGGAGAUAAUACAGAACACGCUAAUGGGCACAGGCGUGGGCAUCUUCGUCGUGUGUCUCAUCUCCUACUGCGUGGUGAGGAGGAACGAUAACCAAAGCAAGCUGGUGUGAAUGAAUCACACAGAAGUGUCUGUUGUGUGUGAGUCGCAGGGCACAGUGCAUUAAGCUGCUACGGGACAUCAGACCUUUUGAUAUAGACUUGCACUUUUUUGUAAUUUUAGUGUUAUUUAUAAUGUCAUACUUCCUUUGAUACCAGGGGGGGAAUACUGUGAUUUAUGCAAAGCUCCCAGAGCUUUGUUAAGUAUUAUUUCAAUUGCAAACACUGUAACGUUAACUCAAUCAGGGAUCUUUAACGGGAGAGCGGAUGGAGACGCCACUAACAGUCAGGUUAUUAAUCUGCACAGAGGAGAGAUGGGUCUGUUUGACGUCCUAUGAAAGACAUGUACAUGAAUCUAAUCUUGCGCAAAUGUCCCUAACCUUUGCUGAACUAGUUUCUUCUAAAUGAAUAAAAGCUGAAAACGAGUUUCUCACUGGGUGUUCGGUUCUGAGUCUUGGCUCUUUCCUACCCGGCAACAGUCUAUCACGUUUGGUCCACAUUCCCCUUGGCCUAAAAUACAGCCGAGACGUUCCAGCUGCUGCGACAAACCUCCACAUUGUGCACACUGGAGCAAAAUGACUUGAUUUCCUCUUUACCUUGAGUGGUCCAUAAAUCAAAAAGAGUCAUAAAAAUGAGUCAAGGGAUGAUUAUAUAGUGGUUCUGAAUGGUACUUGGGUUUGUUUGGUGAGAAAGCAGUGUUUCUGCCCAGCAGGAGGCCCCUCCUUGGUUUUAUGGGUUUUAAAUGACCCUGUACAGCCUCCUGGGUGUCUUUGAUUCAACUGUUGGGUCUGAAUCUCACAUGUCACACUUACAGUAUAAUGGAGUGUUUCAUUUGGGAUUAGACGCCUCCUCUUGAGGUGAAUUUGCAACCUCAGGUAUCUCAGGUAUAUGGGAGCCUAUUUCUGUCAGUGUGAUGGAAGAAAAACCACGAGAAACUUUCUGAAAAUGAUGACUUAAUAUCUCAAAAUAAUAGUAUCUCAGAGUAAUGCGAUAAUAAUGACAUAAUGAGAAACUCAAAAUAAUGACAGUAGUAGUGAUAGUAUCGUUUGUCAUUAUCUUAAGAUAUUAAUUUUUUUUUUUUUAAAGGUACUAACUCAUUAUUUUGAGAAAGUUUCUUAUUAUUUUGUGAAAUUUUGUAAUUAUUUAGAGAUAUAAACUCAAUGAUGGACUCAGGGGGUGGGGUCGGGGGGGCGACUGCUGCCCCCUGGUGCCACCUCGGUUGAAAACGCCGUGCUAAAGUGCCUUCUUGAGAGGUGAAAAUGAGAGGAUGUGCCCUAUCAGCUGCCCUCUUGAGUGAUCAAAACAAGACGAUGUGCUCUUUUGGCUUCCCUCUUGAUUAACAAAAACGAGCGGAUGUGCCCUUUUGGCUGCCCUCUUGAUUAACAAAAACGAACGGAUGUGCCCUUUUGGCUGCCCUCUUGAUUAACAAAAACGAGCGGAUGUGCCCUUUUGGCUGCCCUCCUGAUUAACAAAAACGAGCGGAUGUGCCCUUUUGGCUUCCCUCUUGAUUGAUCAAAACAAGACGAUGUGCCCUAUUGGAUGAAAAUGAGCUGAUGUGCCCUUUUGGCUGCCCUCUUGAUUAACAAAAACGAGCGGAUGUGCCCUUUUGGCUGCCCUCUUGAUUAACAAAAACGAGCGGAUGUGCCCUUUUGGCUGCCCUCUUGAUUAACAAAAACGAGCGGAUGUGCCCUUUUGGCUGCCCUCUUGAUUAACAAAAACGAGCGGAUGUGCCCUUUUGGCUGCCCUCUUGAUUAACAAAAACGAGCGGAUGUGCCCUUUUGGCUGCCCUCUUGAUUAACAAAAACGAGCGGAUGUGCCCUUUUGGCUGCCCUCUUGAUUAACAAAAACGAGCGGAUGUGCCCUUUUGGCUGCCCUCUUGAUUAACAAAAACGAGCGGAUGUGCCCUUUUGGCUGCCCUCUUGAUUAACAAAAACGAGCGGAUGUGCCCUUUUGGCUGCCCUCUUGAUUAACAAAAACGAGCGGAUGUGCCCUUUUGGCUGCCCUCUUGAUUAACAAAAACGAGCGGAUGUGCCCUUUUGGCUGCCCUCUUGAUUAACAAAAACGAGCGGAUGUGCCCUUUUGGCUGCCCUCUUGAUUAACAAAAACGAGCGGAUGUGCCCUUUUGGCUGCCCUCUUGAUUAACAAAAACGAGCGGAUGUGCCCUUUUGGCUGCCCUCUUGAUUAACAAAAACGAGCGGAUGUGCCCUUUUGGCUGCCCUCUUGAUUAACAAAAACGAGCGGAUGUGCCCUUUUGGCUGCCCUCUUGAUUAACAAAAACGAGCGGAUGUGCCCUUUUGGCUGCCCUCUUGAUUAACAAAAACGAGCGGAUGUGCCCUUUUGGCUGCCCUCUUGAUUAACAAAAACGAGCGGAUGUGCCCUUUUGGCUGCCCUCUUGAUUAACAAAAACGAGCGGAUGUGCCCUUUUGGCUGCCCUCCUGAUUAACAAAAAGAGCGGAUGUGCCCUAUUGGAUGAAAACGAGCGGAUGUGCCCUUUUGGCUGCCCUCUUGAUUGAUCAAAACAAGACGAUGUGCCCUAUUGGAUGAAAACGAGCGGAUGUGCCCUUUUAGCUGUCCUCUUGUCCCCAUGUCAUGCAGUAGGUGCCCUUUUUUCCUUUUCGCCCCUGCCCUUCAAACAUCCUGAGUCCGUCACUGUAUAAACUCAUUAUUUUGAGAAAGUGUCUCAUUCUUUUAGCUAGUCAUUUUUUUUUAAAAAGUUUUUCAUUAUUUCGAGAUACUAAGUCUUUUUUUUUCAUUAUUUUGAGAUACUGUCAUUGUUUUUAAAAUACAUUUCAGAUACUAAGCCAUUAUUUUUGAGAAAUGAUCUCAAAACAAUGAGAAACUAAGUUUUUGUUUUUUUUCAUUAUUUUGAGAUACUGCGUCAAUAUUUUGAGGACUUUUCUCAUUUUGAGAUACUAACUCAUAUUUUUGGGGGAAAUGGUUCAUUAUUUUGACAAAGUUUCUCAUUUUGUAACACUGUGUGUUCUUGAAUACAUCUUCUGAUGCACCUGAACACAUCGUCAGUGAUGUAACCAAACCUAACAAACUCAUUAUUUUGAGAAAUCCAGUCAUUAUUUUGAGUAAGUUUCUUAUUAUUUUGAGAUACUAAGUCAUUCUUUUAAAUUAUUUUGAGAUACUAAGUCAUUAUUUUGAGAAAGUUUUUCAUAUUUUUGUUCUAGUAAGUCAUUAUUUUGAGAUACAAACCUGCUGUUUUGAGAUAUUUUGUAUUUUCAGAAACUGAGUCCUUCUUUUAAGAGAGCUUCUCAUUAUUCUCAGAGAAGUAAGUCAUCAUUUUGAGAAAAUUUCUCAUUAUAAUGAGUGACAAGAUCUGUUUUUUUUUCAUCACACUGGUGGAAAUUGGCUUCUCUACAGGUACUGGGCAAUAAUCUUAAAAAUUUAGGACACAAGUUUAUGUUUUUCAAAAGCUGGACCCUCUGACGUUAGUGUGUACCCAUACACUUUCAAUGUUGUCAAAGUUUCUUCGUGUGAUAAUCGUUUACAGAAUAGUUUUGGGAGAUAUACUUGUUAACUUUUUUGUCAAGAGUUAGCUGAGAUGAUCAGGGUCAAGUCAAAUUUUACUACUUUUUUUUGUGCUAAGCUAAGCUAACCAGCUGGUGACUGUAGCUUCAUAUUUACUGUACAAACAUAACAGUGGUAUCGAUCUUCUCAUCAAUCUCCAACAAGAAAGUAAAUAACAAUAUAUCCCAAAAUCAUAUUGGCCAUCAUAAUCAUGACAAGCCCCUCCAUGGGAUCUAUAAAGUCAACAGAGGGAUGAUGUAUCUGCCGGUAACAGAAAGAAAAAAGAAAAUCACCUUUUGAGAAAUUAUACUAAUAAAA